AAAAAACUAUUUCAUUGAACUUGUGUGAAAGAAGAUGUAAAAUAUAAAAUCAUUUCAUGGAUGUAUAAAGCUAAGCCUGAAGGAGGAAGAGUUAGGGACGUCCACAACAAGAUGGUCGGAUGGUAUAGAGAGAGUACUGAGAGAGAUGAUAAUCGGAGGAUAGAGGAGAGUCACCCAGGACAUGGAAGACUGGAGUAGGAUCGUAGAGGAGGCCCUGUAGGGCUGUAGCGUCACGAAGUAA